AAAAGGCUUUUUUGUCCCUCAAUUUUUACCACUUGAAAAAAAAAAAGAAUCGUAUUUUCCCACCCACUUAAAUAAUUAAAUUCAACAUUUUAUCACCUAUUGAACAAAUUACGCUCAUGAAACUUAAUUUAAGAAGGAAUUAAGAUUAUGUUCUCAUUUACUGAGCUGAGCUGAAUUGUUUAUGAGAGAAGGACAUAAGAACUAAAUUGAAUUGAAAUUAAGUUGAAGAGAAUAGUCCCUGAAUAGGUGAAGUUUAAGGGAAAAUGUUGGAAGUUAUGUGGAAAAAAGGCGAUGAGUCCAAUUAAUGAUUUUAUGAACCUAUUUUGUUCAAAGAAUGAUAUAAUAAAGGGUUAAAUUUUUUAGGAAAAAUGGAAACCAAUAAUCCCACCUUUGCCAUUUUCGCUCAAAACAAUCCCACCUUUUCGAAAUCUGGAAACAAUCCCACCUUUAACCCCCAUCUGCUCAAAACAAGCCUUUUUACCCAUAACCUGUGUUAACCGGUUGUUUUUUCCUUAAGCUUUCCUCUCUAACCUCUUUAAUGGCAGCUCCACCAUUAUCACCACCCCCUCCAUAACUAACACCUCAUCAACACCACCACAUACACCACCACCUAACCCAAACUCGCUAGAAGAACCCCCACCCAAUCCCGCUUGGUCCAGCAGCCCCCCACCCAACCUCCUACCCAACCCCGAAUCCCCAUAACCCCCACCCAAAAAUCCGACCACCCACCUCACUCGCCUAACCUCCACCACGACCUCCCAAGUCCCCACCAUAACCCAGGCCACCAAAUCGGCCAAUCCCAUCCAACCCACUUAAAACGCUAACCCCUUUUUCACCCAGCAUCCUAUGAAACACCACGCAACUUGAACUCCCACCCCCACAAUCUCACAUCCCACCUCUAACCCAAAACGAACCUUAUUAAAACAUUUAAAUGUGGAAGAUUGAGAAAGCUUACUUGCCACUUUAAUGGAGACUAACACAUAGUACACUUAAGUGGGUUUAAUUUGCUCCGGUAAGUGAUGGUGGUUGGGCCCGGCGGUGGCUGGUUCGGCGAAGGGACGAGGGCUGUGGCAGGGGAGGAAAGGGGAAAGAGGGUUUUUUUUUUUUUUUUUUAAUUUCUUUAUUUGUUUUUUAAAUUAAUAAAAAAAAACACCAAUCAGACGGUGACAUGUGGCGAGUCACCUUUUGAAACAGGUUACCAAUUUCAUAAACCGGUAAAAAGCUUGUUUUGAGCAAAUGGGGGUUAAAGGUGGGAUUGUUUCCAGAUUUCGAAAAGGUGGGAUUGUUUUGAGCGAAAAUGACAAAGGUGGGAUUAUUAGUUUCCAUUUUUCCAAUUUUUUAAUGGGUGAGAAAAUACAAUUUAUAUUUAUUUGGGUAAACAUUGGAAAUGUUAGAUUUUAACACCAUGCAAAUCAAUGAAAAUUGAUAUUAACACCACCCAAAAAAAAAGUUUAAUUUAACACCACAUAAAAAAUUGAAAAUUUGAAGUUACCACCAUAUAACGGUUUCUGUGACGGAAAAGUGACGUGGGUCCCAUGUUUUAGGUUUGCCUCCAAAUUUCACACUUAGUAAACACGAUUCUUCCUCUUCAUUGAUUACUUCCAACCAUCUUCAUUGAAUUCACUCUGAAUUUUCAUCUACUCAAAGUAGUAUCUUCAUCUAGGGCAUUCAAUUGCUUAAAAUUUGUGUGGUUGGGGAUAGGAAAGUACAAGGGAGCUGUCAUUAGCAGAAGAAAAGCGUUCGAGGAUUUCCUCAUCCAUCUUCAAAAAAAGGGCGAAAAUUGCUGGCAAUCUGACAAUUAAAGGUGAGAGAUUCCAAAGAAGGUAUCUUUUUUAUCUUUUUACAGCAAUUUCGUCUAUUAUUGGUGAAUGGUUGAUGUCAAUUUUGCAAUUUUAUGCUUAAUUGGGGUUACUUUGGCAACUGAAACUGAGAACCCUAGAAAAAGGGAUUAUUUUGAAAUUGACUGCGAAUUAUGUUAAUUGGUGGUUUAGGUUGAAAUUUGACACUAAUUAAUUGGGGUUUUUGUGAAUGAACUUAUUGAAGACUGUAUAUGUGUGAUUUGUUUAUUGAUGCAUGUUGGACUGGAUUAUUUGUUUAUUUGUAUAUUUGAAGUUAAAUAUUCAAUUACUGUAGUUGAUUAAUAAAGUGUUGAUAUUAUAUGUCUUAUAAUAAAGUAAUAAUACUAUUGUAUCUAUGUUAUUGGUGGGUAGAUAAUGGGUGACAAUGAAGAUAUGGUUGACAUCUGUCUAAGGGUGGGGGAUGCAUUUGUCCCUAAAAGAGUUAGCAAAGAUAGACAACUGCUUUGUUGGUGUGGGGGGUGGUGUUAUUGGAGAAGAAAAGUCCUAGUGUCUAAGUUGGAUGUACAGGAGAUUAGGUCAGCUGCAAUUCAUGGAUUUGUUAAUGGUGAUAUGGAGGUGCCUGUCUAUUUCAAUUGUUGGUAUAGGAAGAAGGGGAAAACUUUUAACACUGGUAGAAGGGAACCAGUCAACAGUGAUGAAGUGAGGGGCCUUUUAGAGACUAGAAAUGUAGAGGGUUAUGUAGAAGUCUUUGUGACAGCACAACCUAAUUUGAAGCCCACAACUAAGGCCCAACCCAAUCCCCAGCCAAAGGAUAAGGUUACUAAAAAAAGGAAGAAGGGUCAAAGUACUUCAAUUGUCAGUAUUAGGAGAAGCCCUAGAUUUAAGAAGACUGAGACUGAAAGGGAGGAAAGUCCACCAAGGGAGAAACUGAAGGGGAAGGUUGCAGAAGCUGGAGUGUCCGGUAGUUCAAAACAGAAGAGUAAGCUCAAAGGUAAAGCCUCAGCAAAGGCUAAAGCAUUGGUGUUUGAAGAGGAUGAUGAUGGUGACAAUAAAUCUGAUUACUCUAGCUCAGAUUUGAGUGAUGAAGACCUAGAUUGGGAACCAGGUGAAGAAGAAUUUGAUGAAGGGGAUGAAGAAUGGUUUAUUGAAGGGUCUAAGGACAUCUUAGAGAAGGUUAACAAGAAUUUGAGGAAACUGCAGGGAAGUGGCAUAGAUGAGGGUGUUGUGAAAGAUAAGAGGUCAGAUCUGAAAGAUGACCUGGAUAUAAGAACAGUUAGGGUCAAUCCAGAGGGUGAUGAAGGUGAUUCAGAGAGUUCAAGAAGCUUGUGUGGAUCUGAUUCAGAGGAGGAUACUGCUCCAUGGUUUAAUGAAGAUGUGGACUUCCAAAAGCCCAUCCAGCUGCAGGUGAGGCAGAAGUUCAAGAAUGCUGCAAUAUUGAGAAGGGUAUUGAGACUGCAUGCCAUUCAAGAGAGGUAUGAGUUUUAUUUCUUGCAUAAUGACUCUAAGAGGAUUACAAUGCAGUGUAGGUAUAGAUGUGACUGUGAGUUCAAUAGUUAUACUUGUAGAAUGCCUGCAUGUACAUGUGUGGGGGGGGGGGGUAAAGUGUCAUUUUAAGGUGUAUGCAUCAAAACUGGUCAAGCAGGAUACUUGGCAAAUUAAAAGCUGUAAAUUGAAACACAUUUGUCUUAGAGUCAAGAAAAAUAGGAUGAUUACUGCUGAGUUCAUUGCAGACAGAUAUCUAGAGGAGUUUAGGUGUAAUUCUCCAUGGAGAAUUAAGGAUAUUAGGGCCAGGGUUCUUAAUGACUUAGGUAUUGAGGUGACAUACUUUAAAGCAUGGAUGACUAGGUGUAGGGUUAAACUCAUCAUAUAUGGGUCAGCAAGGGAGCAAUAUGCUAGGUUGUGGGAUUAUGGGAGGUCUGUGAUGAAGUAUAACCCUGGGUCUGGGUGCAAUGUGGUUGUGGAAGGUAUAGACAGUCCUGAGCCCCCUAUGUUUUUGAGAAUGUUCAUGUGUCUAAGGACUUUGAGAGAUGGGUUUGCUAAGGGUUGUAGGCCAAUGAUGGGUGGAUGGUUGUCACCUCAAGGGUGCAUAUCCUGGAAUUAUAUUGGUGGCAGUAGCUAAGGAUGGGAAUAACAAACUGUUCCCCUAGCUUGGGCAACAGUGGAGGCAGAGAAUAAAGAUAGCUGGGGUUGGUUCCUAGAGUCUCUAAUGGCAAUGUUCACACAUGAUCAAGGAGAAGGGCUGACAAUAAUGUCAGACAGGCAAAAGGUAACAGUUUUUUGCCUUUUUUUUUGCACAUUUUCAUUUUCAUUUGUACUUGUUUUUUUUUUCUUUGUGUAAGUAAGUAGGAUGAGUUAUUGAUAUUGUGAAUGAAUAUGGUAGGGGCUUCUGGAAGCAAUGGCUGAUAUAGUACCAAAAGCUGAAAAAAGAUUAUGUGUAAGGCACAUUUGGGCAAAUUUCAAGCUCAAAUUCACUGGGUCAACAUUCAAAGAAUUGUUUUGGGCAGCAGCGAGAUCAACAACUGCAAUAAGUCAUCCCAUUCCAAUACUUAUUUAAUGAUUGUAUGCAUAUGUGUGGGAAUGUGAUUGUCUUAAGUUGUUUACAUUAUUGCAUUUUGUCAGUUUAACUUCAAAUUUGCCAUGGACUCUAUCAAAGAGUUGUCAGAGGAUGCAUAUCAGUAUUUAGUGAACAUUCCCCCCCAGUCUUGGUCAAGACAUGCAUUUUCAUCUAACUGCAAGUCCAACAUGUUGUUAAACAACAUGUGUGAGACUUUCAAUGCAGUCAUCAGGCUUGCCAGAGAUAAGCCUAUCCUCACCCAAAUGGAAUGGAUGAGGAGGUAUGUAAUGAAUAGGAACAAUGAGAAGUGGGAGGAUUCUAAACAAAUUACAAGCAACCUUACCCCUUAUGUGAGGAAUGUCUUAGCUAGGAUAGAAUUUGUUGCUAGGAAGUGUGUUGUGCAACCAUCAAGAGAUGAAACAUUUGAAGUGCAGUUGAUGGAUGAUCAAGAGUGUGUGGACUUACAAAAGGAAACUUGUACCUGUUAUCAUUGGGAACUAAUUGGGAUUCCCUGUGUGCAUGCUUAUUCAUGCAUGAUGGACAUGAGGGGUGACAUAGAGGCAUAUGUGGACCCUUAUUACACCAUGGACUCAUACAGGAAGGUUUAUGAACCCCCUAUCCAACCCAUGCCUGGUCCUAAACACUGGGAGAUAGUGAGUAUGAGGGAACCACAGCCUCCAACAUUUAAGGUACAGCCUGGAAGACCAAAGAGCAAAAAAAGGAAGCUGGAACCAGGGGAAUGUUCUACUGCAACUGCACAACCACAGACAGCAAAGAGGCAGAAACAAUGCAGUAAGUGUACAGGAUUUGGUCAUUAUGCCAAGACCUGCAAAAACACUCCUGCACCAGCAAAUGAGGAGCCAAGGCAACCAGGGAGACCACCCUCCAACACUCCUUGGGUGGUGGAGGAAAGGAAGAAGAAAGAACUCAGAGCUGCCAAAAAGAGCUCAAGUCAGCCAAGCUCAAGUCAACCAAAGCCAAGCUCAAGUAAACCAAAGCCAAAGCAGCAGUCUAAGUCAAAGGCAAAUCCUUCCUCCAGCCAACCUGCAACAACCGCUACUCAGCAUCCACACAAAACUUCUAAGUGUUCCUCAAGUCAGCCUGCAACAACAACAGUUCAACAACCAUCACACACAGGUGUGAUAACUAGGGCCAAGCUGCAAAAUUUCAAGGAUGUUAACCUCACUCAGUGAUGUAAUAGCUAGAAAACAAUAUUAUGUUUGAAUUCAUAUUUAUGUCAUCAUUUUGUUUGUUUGUCAUUAGCAUUUGAACAACCAGAGAUAUUAGGAUGGUGUACAUUUUGUAUGGCUGUAAUUGCCAUUAAGACAGGUUCAAGUAAACACCUUUUGGCAACUUUUUAUGAAUAUAUAUGUUCUGUUAACUAA